AUGUCAUCCUCCCUCUUUCGUCCCUCUUCGUCCAAGUUGACCUCCUUACGACCUAUAAUACAAUCCCGAGCGAAGCACACGCACUCCACACCCCAGUCGUUAUGGCAAUCACGAACGCAUCUGAAUCCUCCUCCAUCCGUUCCUCCACCUAUGGUGCCCACAUAUCCUAUGCGAGUCAUCCUUUCGGACGGAUCAACUUUCACUGCAUACACGACAGCUCCUACUCCAUCGACCAAAAAACUUACUCGAGACGUAAAUAACAAUCCCUUGUGGUCACCUGCAAGUGAAAGAAAGGGAUUAGGCGAAGGUGAAGAAGGUAGAGUAGGAAGGUUCAGGAAGAGGUUCGAGGGUAUUGUUAUGGAAGAAGAACAGGCGAGUGUAGAAGCUAAGAAGGAUGAGGCGUUCGGAGCGGGAGAUUUGGAUUGGAUGUCUGAAGGCGGUGUAGAAGAGAAGAUCAGUGAGAAGCAGAGAAACCCAGUAAAGGCUGGAAAAGGGAAAGGGAAGAAAAAGUAA